AUGAUCGAGCUCGGCCUCCAGCGUAUAUCGCGCCUGUUAGCUCAGACUCCGCUUCCCUGGCAAGCCAUUCAUGUAGCCGGAACUAACGGCAAAGGCUCGAUAUGUGCGUAUAUCUCGUCCAUGCUCGAAACCUACAACAGCUCCACAUGUAGGAGAAGCACAGGGUUCGCCGCUUUGAAACACGGACGCUUCACGAGUCCACAUCUUGUAGACCGAUGGGAUUGCAUCAGCCUGAAUAACCAUGUGGUACCCUACGAGACUUUCAAUCAUGUUGAACGGUUGGUGUUGCAGCGAGACCAGCAAGAGAACAUCGGCGCCAGUGAAUUUGAGCUGCUCACGGCAACAUCAUUCGAACUGUUUACCAGAGCGCAAGUGGACGUUGCGGUUGUCGAAAUAGGUCUUGAUCAUCAAGCCUUUUUGGGUGAUACAUUGACCGCCAUUGCAUGGCAGAAGGCAGGAAUCAUCAAGCCAGGCGUGCCAGUUGUCUUUGAUGCGUCGAACUCGGCUGAGGUUCAAUCUGUCAUUCGGUCACGAGCGGCUGACUAUGGGAGUGAUGUUGUGGAGGCAACAGAUUGCGAGAUUCCCGGCAGCUUGCUACGCUCUGCAGUCUGUCAAGUCCUCUCUGGCGACGAACCUGGCGACGAACCUGGCGACGCCGCGUUGACGACCACAAACUAUCCCGGGCGACUACAAAACCUCAGCAUAGAACCUCUGACGGGCAGAGAGCACCCUAUACUGCUCGAUGGUGCCCACAACGCUCAAUCUGCCCAGGUUUUGGCUGCCGAAGUCAGCCGGCAACGUCGCGAAGCUAAAGAAAGGGUCAACACUUCCGCAGUCACAUGGGUCAUGGCUUUCUCCUCCACCAAGGAUGUCAGCGAGAUCUUGCGGCCUUUGCUCAAAGCUGGUGACAGCGUCUUUGUGGUGGAGUUCGGUCCAGUCGACGGGAUGCCGUGGGUGGAGCCGAUGGCUUGUGGCAAGGUUGCAGAAGCUGUUCAGAAAGCAUUUGCGCAGACUGUUGACGUGCGACUAUACGGUAGGGACGUUUCAGCUGCACUGCAAGCAGCAAGUUCGUUGGCGGGUGAAGGUCCCCUUGUCAUCGCCGGGAGUCUAUACCUUGUCGGAGAUGUGCUACGAUUACUGCGCAACACUCCUGUUGGAGUAUCGUAG